GAAUAUCCGAUUUGUUGUCUUCAUCGUAUCCACAAUUUUAUUUUAUUUAUUUAUUUAUUUUUUUGUUUUUGUGGGUUAAAAUCUUGAAAUUCCAUUUUAUUCGACCUCUCGUUCUCUCCCUCUCUGCAACCAAAGAAACUGACUCUAUUAUACAUGUCUUCAGUAUGUUCAUCGUUCAAUUUCCGGGUAAUGGUGGCUCUUCAACCCAAUUGGAAGCACAUUAACAAGAAUUUGUGUUACUGGGCAUUGUCGCAUUCCAGGAGAAAGCUUGGGUUCUCUUCUUUUAGCCAUGAAGAAGAUUCUCCCUCGCCCACCAAACAAACCCAGACUACUGGCUAUGAUCCUUCAGAAGAGCUCUUUGGACUGGCAUCUGAUUUGCACCCAAGAGAAGUUGUUUCUGGUGCUUCAAAACCGAGAUCGUGGUUUGGCCCGAAUGGACAGUAUAUCAGAGAAUUGCCUUGCCCAAGCUGCAGAGGAAGGGGUUAUACUCCAUGUACCGAAUGUGGAAUCGAGAGAUCUCGGCUGGACUGUUCUCUAUGUACUGGAAAGGGUAUAAUAACUUGCCAUCAGUGCUUGGGGGAUUGCGUUAUUUGGGAAGAGUCUAUUGAUGAACGACCAUGGGAGAAAGCUCAAUCUAUAUCGCCGUUUAAAAUGAAGGAGGACGACGAGGUAGAUGAUUUAGAUAUAAAGCUAGACGCGAAGAGGAAAACCAAGCGUGUAUACCAAUCUCCGAGGCCAGAAGUUACUUUGAAGAUCAGCAGAUCAUUAAAAAGCCUGAAUGCCAAAACUGGACUGUUUAGUAAGAGGAUGAAAAUUAUCCAUGGCGAUCCCACGCUUCAUGCGCAGAGAGUGGCUGCUAUUAAGAAGGCCAAAGGAACAGCUGCUGCUAGGAAACGUGCUUCGGACGCUAUGAAAAACUACUUUCGAGAUCCAGAAAACCGUCGCAAGAGAAGUCUCUCCAUGAAAGGAGUGAGAUUCUUCUGCAGAAACUGCGGGAAAGAAGGGCAUAGGAGCAACUACUGUCCGGAUAUUAAGUACCUGGACAGACGUUUCAGGUGUCGUGUAUGUGGGGAAAAGGGACAUAACAGACGAACUUGCCCAAAGUCGAAACUAAGCAUACCUAAGGGAAAGGUGAAAAAGAAUCUCCAUUGCACAAUAUGUGGAGAAAGAGGGCAUAACAGAAGGACAUGCCCCGAGAAAACUGACCUAGACUCGUCUGGAUCGGCCACGAGCAUCAGCUCUGCUGCCUCGACUAAAAAACCGUAUACCUGCAGCUUGUGUGUAACCAAAGGGCACAAUAGCAGAACAUGUCCCGAAAGAAGCGAAUACGUGGAAAAGGGACAUAACAACAGACGAAGAACGCCCCCGAAGCCUAGGAGAACUAUGAUAAAGAAUCUUCAUUGCCGAAUAUGUGGAGAAGAAGGGCAUAAUAGAAGGACCUGCCCCGAGAACAACACUUCUACUGGCAACUAAGAGAGUAACAAGUUUUAUGUAUUUGCUUUAUUUGUUAUUCUUGCAUGCAUAUGUAAAUGAUGUAUUCUUUUCUCUUGCACCAACCUAUUUCUUUGGCAUUUUAGUCGUCUUCUGAAACGAUUGCUCGGUUCAAAGCCUGUCUACUUUGCCGUUGUAAUUGGAGAUGUGGUAAGGUGUACUACGCUAUGUGGGAGUUCAAUCGAUACACUAAUUUUAUUUAAGC